GUUCCUUUCUGGCAGGUCACAUGACAAGCGGGUAGACCCAUAGCUACCGGCUAUCAACAGUCUCUUUCACUUCGUGGACGACUAAGGAGACGAUCAAAAUGUGCACCAGCAUGCAGCCCAUUGAGUGGACCACUGAUCUCAAGAACCAGAAUUUUGAUGGUAUCGUCUUGGUUACCCAGAACUAUGAUGAUUUGCCCUCUGAACUUGAGUGUCUGAAAGCUCCUCUGCAGGACUACAACUCAGUGGACAGUGGGCUGGGGGAUGAGGUAGUGGUCCUGAAGGUCCCCGAUCUUCCUGGCAACCGGUUGGUGUUUUCCUCCACCGGCCCUGUGAACCGUGACUAUGAUGACGUCAGGUGUUUCAGCGAUGCAGCAGUGAACGCGAUUAAGAGGGCCUUGAAAGCUGGCAUGCAGCGCCCCCUACUGGUGUGUCCGCCACACAAGGACUACAAGAACAGCACACUGGUGGCUGCACUGGGGGCUCUUCAUGCGCUCUAUAUGCCUCUGGAAGUGAGGGAGGCAAACAUAAAGUCGUCCGACUACAAGGUGUGCGUGCUGGGCCUCUGGGUGGCUCAGGAGGGCCAGGGACAAAGACUGGUGGAUUUGGCUAAUGCUCUGGAAAGUGGAAGGCUGGCAUGCCGUGAUAUCGGCGGCUCCGAUCCAGAGCGUAUGGCUUCUCCGUGUGUGGCCGAGUACGUGGUGGAACUAUUCAACAACAGCCCUGUGCAGGUAGAAGUGUUAAGUGACCUGAAUCUCCUGGAGAAGGAGUACCCCUGCCUGGCUGCUGUCAACCGCUGUGCCAACAGUGUACCUCGUCACCAGGCCAGAGUCAUCAAGCUCCAGUACUGUGGCGAGGGACCUGUUGAGAAGACCCUCAUGCUGGUGGGCAAGGGCAUCACCUACGACACAGGUGGCGCGGACAUCAAGGCUGGUGGCGUCAUGGCUGGCAUGCACAGAGACAAGUGUGGAGCUGCAGCCGUCGCUGGCUUCUUCCAGAUUUUGGCCAAGCUGAAGCCAAAGAACCUGAAGGUUGUUGGCGCCAUGGCCAUGGUGCGCAACAGUGUAGGUGCAGACUGCUACGUGGCAGACGAGCUUGUGGUUUCACGCGCGGGCCGCCGAGUCCGAGUGGGAAACACAGAUGCCGAGGGACGCAUGGUGAUGGUCGACCUGCUUUGUGAGAUGAAGGAGCAGGCGGUACGUGAGACUUCCCCUGAGUUGUUUACGAUUGCAACACUGACUGGCCACGCCAUCAGAGCCAUGGGACCAAACUACUCUAUCAUCAUGGAUAAUGGACCUGCCCACCGUGCUGGAAAUGCUGUUCAGUGGCAGAAAGCUGGUGAAGCUCUGGGUGAUGUGUUCGAAGUGUCCACCAUCAGGAGGGAAGACUAUGAAUUCCACAAGGGUAAAUCAGAGUACGAGGACAUCCUCCAGUGCAACAACUUGCCGUCUUCAGCGACCCCUCGAGGGCAUCAGACCCCAGCUGCCUUCCUCAUCAUGGCAUCAGGCCUGCACAAGCACGGUGUGGAUUCUGAGGCGCCUCUGCCGUACUCCCACAUUGACAUCGCUGGCUCCAGCGGUCCUUUCCCUGGUGUGCCAACAGGGGCGCCCAUCCUUGCCAUGGCAACCAACUACAUCCUGUCUGAGCUCUCAGCAGACUCUUUGCAGUGUGAAGUGGCAUGAAGUGUUAUCAUUGUUACCGUGUGGUUGUAUGACAGUUCAUCCAACAUUUUUCAUUGGUCAAUAAAUAGUCUC